AUGUCUCAAAUUCAACAAUUUUAUAAUGAUCAAAGUAUAUUUAUUACAGGAGGAACUGGUUUUAUGGGAAAAAUUUUAUUGGAGAAACUUCUACGCGGCUUACCGAAAUUAAAAAAUAUUUAUCUUCUAAUAAGACCAAAAAAGGGAAAAGAAAUACAACAACGAUUGGAUGAAUUUUUCAAAUUAGAAAUAUUUAAUCCUUUGCGAGAAAAAGAUCCAUUUUUUGUGAAAAAAAUUAUACCACUAAAUGGUGACGUUAGAAAAUCGAAUUUAGGAUUAUCACAAGAAGAUCGUAAAAUGCUUAUAAAUGAGGUAUCUAUUGUUAUUCACGCGGCUGCAACAACAAAAUUUGAUGAACCAUUGAAAGUAGCAGUGGAUAUUAAUGUUAACAGUGUUGUAGAAAUAAUUAAACUUUGUCGAGAAUUAAAAAAACUAAAAAUGGCUGUUUACGUAUCGACAGCAUUUAUUCGCAAUAAUUCUUGUACAAUUGAAGAAAAAAUAUAUCCAUUGCCUAUGACUUAUGAGGAGGUUCACAAUACAGUCGAUAUAAUAAAUCGACGAAAUUUAUCAAGAGAAGAUGAGGAACAAUUUACUAAAUUAAUAUUGGGAAAUUUUCCCAAUACGUAUAUUUUUACAAAAUCAAUUGCAGAAGGAAUUUUAAAUGAAGAAGCAAGAGACCUUCCAUUUUGUGUCUUCAGAUUUCCAAUUGCAUCAGCAACUUAUAAGGAACCCGUUACUGGAUGGGUUGAUACUAUUCAAGGAUUUAAUCAACUCAUGAUGGGAUUAGGACUAGGUGUUAUACAUACAUUACUUUGUCCAGAUAAAAAUGAAGUUGUUUACAUGGUGCCAGCAGAUUUUGUGUGUAAUGCUUUAAUUGCUUCAAUUUGGGAUACUGAAAAAGAAAUGAAAAGAACUUCAAAAACUGAAGUGCCCGUUUAUAAUUAUGUAAAUGGAAAUGAAAAUCCGCUUACUAAAUUGGAAUUUGAAAGAAUUGCUUACACCACACAUCCUCAUUUACUUCCAACAAAGAUGCUUUAUUAUCCUGAAAUAUUUAUAGCUCAAUCACCAAAAGUAUUCGCUAUUCUUAAUUUUUUUCUUCAUCUAUUACCUGCUUUAGCUGGUGAUAUAGUUUAUAGAAUAAUGGGCAAAAAACCGAUAUUUUAUAAAAUCUAUCAAAAAGGAGUGAAAUUUUUCAAAACGACAGAAUUUUUCUCAAUGACAAUUUGGACAUUUGACAAUAAUAGAAUUGAAUCAUUAUGGGAGAAACUUUCAAAUGAUGAUAAAGAAUUAUUUCCAUUUGAUAUGAAGAAAAUUGAUUGGAGCGAUGUUGUCCUGGCAUAUUGGAAAGGAGUCUUAAAAUACAUAUUAAAAGAUGAUUUAAGUCCUGAAAAUCGACGAAAAGCGGUUCGUCGAUAUUAUAUCUUACUAGUGAUACACCGAACACUACAAGCUGUUUUGGCCACAUUUAUAAUUUGGCUAUUAUGGAAAAUAUUUUGUGAUCGAAGGGGAACAGGAUUUAUAGGCAAAAUUUUGGUGGAAAAACUUUUACGAAGUUUACCGAAAAUUGGAAAAAUAUAUCUGUUGAUGAGACCAAAAAAAGGAAAAGAUAUUCAAGAGAGAUUUCACGAAUAUUUUAAAGCUGAAUUGUUUGAUCCAUUGAGGGAAAAGGAUCCUUCUGUAAUAGAAAAAGUAAUUCCUUUAAGUGGAGAUGUGACACAAUCUUGUCUAGGUUUAUCAGAUGCUGAUCGAAAAAAGCUGAUAAAUGAGGUGUCGAUUGUAAUUCACUCAGCUGCCACUACAAGAAUGAAUGAACCACUCAAUAUAGCAGUGUCUAAUAAUAUUUACAGUGUUCUGGAAAUAAUCAAACUUUGUCGAGAAUUAAAGAAAUUGAAAGUUGCUGUACACGUAUCUACGGCGUUUAUGUACAGUAAUAUUGAACGAAUAGAAGAGAAAAUAUAUCCAAUGCCUAUGACUUAUGAGGAAGUUAAGAAUGCAAUUGAAAUAAUAAAGAGACUAAAUUUGUCCAAAAAAGAUGAGAAACAAUUUACUAAAAUAUUAUUAGGAGAAUUUUCAAAUACUUAUCUUUUUACAAAAGCAAUCGCUGAAGGAAUAAUAAAAGAUAAAGCAACUGACCUUCCAUUUUGUAUUUACAGAUUUCCUAUAGCAUUGGCGACCUAUAAAGAACCAUUCGCAAGUUGGGUUGAUGUUGCUCAAGGAAUCAAUCAAGGCCUAAUUUGGACAGCAAUGGGUCUCAUACGCGUCAUAUUGGUUCCUGAUUUAAAAGAUCAUCUUUACUUUGUACCAGCUGAUUUUGUAUGCAAUGCUCUUAUUGCCUCCGCUUGGGACGCUGGUAACAAAACAAAUAAAAGAUCGGAUAUCACUUUACCUGUAUAUAAUUAUGUAAAUGGAAAUAAAAAUCCCCUGACUAAAGAAAUAUUUGAAAAACUUGUUCGUUCUUAUGGUAUUCAAUAUCUUCCAAGUAAGACCGUUUAUUUUCCUGAUGCAAUUAAAGUUAAGUCAAAAAGAACAUUUAAUAUUUUAAAUUUCUUCGUUCACUUAUUACCAGCUUUAAUUGGUGAUAUUAUUUUAAAGAUAUUAGGAAAAAAGCCUAUAUUUCACAAAUUUUACAAAAAAGGAAUGAAACUCUUAAAAAAUGGAGAAUUUUUUUUGGAAACAAAAUGGUCGUUUGAUAAUAAAAAUAUUGAAGAAUUAUGGGAAAAACUGUCAGAAGUUGAUAAAACUUUAUUUCAAUUUGACAUGACGAAUUUAGAUUGGUCAGAAGUACUCAUUGAAAUGUGGAAGGGUGUUUUGAAAUAUAUACUUAAAGAGAAUAUUACUCCAGAAACUGAGAAGAGAAGUCUUCGUCGAUAUUAUACAUUAAUGGCGAUACAUCGAACUCUUCAAGCUCUUUUUGUUACUUUCAUAAUUUGGCUUAUAUGGAAAAUAUUUUGUGGUUGCAACUUUUUUACAUAAUAUAGAAUUAAUUAUUAAUUAAUAAUUAAUUAAUUGUUUAAACAAAGUGUAAACAAAACUAAACAAUUUUUUUUGGCUUAUGUCCCUUUUUUGAUAGCUAUGUUUUCUCAUAUUUUUUUUUUUCAUAAAAAAAAAAGUAUAUUUUUUGCCGAUUCAUCGAUGAAAAAAAUUACCAUAACAAAU